AUGAACAAAGAUACAAAUGAAAAUGGAGCUCAAUCUGCACCACAAAGACGUGCUCCCCUCCUGAAUGAGAGGAUCCUGCCAACUUUGUCCAGGAGAUCUGUUGCUACUCAUCCUUGGUAUGAUCUUGAGAUAGGACCCGGAGCUCUUCAUAUCGUCAAUGUUACUCGGAUUCAAACAUCUGCGAAUAAUGGAAAAGGUCACUUCUUCCUGGCUGUUGUUCUCUCUUUUCCUCUUCAUUUCAAUUGGCAUGUCAUUCUCUACAUUAGAUGGUUGUCGAACCUACAUCAUUCACAUGGACAAAUCCACAAUGCCAGCACCCUUCACGACCCACCACAGCUGGUACAGGGCAGUUCUUUUGCUAUCCCACCUCGAUCUGCUGGAGAAAAUGCCAGGUUUGGUGAUGACAUGAUUAUUGGUAUUGUUGAUAACGGUGUAUGGCCGGAAAGUGAGAGCUUUAAUGAGGAUGGAAUGCCUCCUGUGCCGGCACGCUGGCAUGGAGCUUGCGAAUCUAGAGUCGAGUUCAACUCUUCUCAUUGUAACAAAAAACUCAUUGGGGCAUGUUCAUUCAGCAAAGGAGUGAAGCAGGAGGGGUUGAACAUAUCAAAACCUGAUGAAUAUGAUUCUCCAAGAGACUUAUAA